AUGGCAACUAUUCGACCCGAUGAAAUCAGUAGUAUAAUACGUAAACAGAUUGAACAAUAUAAUAACGAGGUCCAAGUUGUUAAUAUUGGUACUGUACUUCAAGUAGGGGAUGGCAUUGCUCAUAUUCAUGGUCUUGAUAAAGUAAUGGCAGGGGAAUUAGUAGAAUUCGUAGAUGGUACAGUAGGUAUUGCCCUAAAUCUAGAAUAUAAUAAUGUUGGAGUUGUAUUAAUAGAUAAUCUAAAUAUGAAUAAAGAGAAGAGGAUAAUAGUAACCUGGUCUCGGAGAUCUGCCAUUGUACCCACAAUGAUCGGUCAUACCAUUGUUGUUCAUAAUGGAAAGUCACAUUUACCCAUUUUUAUAUCAAAUG